AUGUUUACAAUAAUAACAAGUGAGAGUUUUCGAAGCGAUGAUUCGGAAUGGAAAGAAUGUUCACUUGAAGAAAAGGUACGGUAAAAUAUAUUGUGUGCAAUUUGUCGUCGCGGUGUUUGCGGAAAAAACAUUUGGGGUAUACUGUAUGUAAUGUGUAAUUUGUCGUCGCGGUGUUUGCACACUUUGUUAGCCAGUGGCGUCCUGAGCGCACUUUGCGAUUAGAUUGUCUAGGCACGGCUCCUAGAAAAUUAGAUUCUCUAGGCGCAGCUUCUUGAGAACACGCCUCUCUAGGCUCGACUACUUCACAUAGUGAAUCUCAAGGCGCGGCUCCUAUAAAAUUAGAUUCUCUAGGCGCAGCUUCUUGAGAACACGCCUCUCUAGGCUCGACUACUUCACAUAGUAACUCUCAAGGCGCGGCUCCUAGAUAAUUAGGUUUUGUAGGCGUGGCUGCUUGAAACCCGGAUAUUUUUCAAUUUUCAGAUAAAUUCGUUGGAAUAUCUCUCAAAUAACUAUGAAAAAUACCUCCAAAAAGCGGAUGAUUUGAAAAGUGCCAUAAAAUACAACCGAAAAACGCAUGAAAUCGAAAGUCAACAAAUGCAACGAAAACUUCGACACAUCAAACAAGACUUUGGCUCGAUUCAAAAAGAUAUGUCAAAAAUCGCCGACGAAAGAUUGACACAAGUCAAAAAAGCAUUGGCACCAUAUUUGAAGGAUUCGGUUGAAACAUCGGAAAAUCCACAACACAUCAAAUCGCAACUCAUCGAAUUGUUAUCAAAGAUCAGUGGAAUUGAACAAAUUAUUAAAAAAGAUGCGGAAAUUUCGAGAAAUGUUCAAAAUGAUCAUGAAAUUCUUGGUGUUUUAGAAGCCAAGCAAAAAGAUGCGAUCGAACGUUUCGAGGGAGUUUCGAGAGUUCAAAAUUUGGCCUAUGAUAUUCCACAAGAUGAUCAGUUUUAUAAUUUGGCGAUUGCGCCAGCAUUGCUUUUGGCUUUGGGAUCAUCGAAAGAUGUUUCGAAAUAUUAUCAACAAAAUUUGAAGAGUAUUCAACAAAGAUUGUGCGCUUUUGUUGCGCAAAUUCGAUUCAAUGUGAGUUGAGAAAUGUUUUCCGAUGAAAAAUUCUUUGGAAAUGUUGCUGCGUGCGGCUGUGCGUCGCGGUCGGAGAAAAAUGCAUUUUCCCGACCGCAACGCACAGCCGCACGCGACUGAAGAAACAAUUCUGCACUGAUUUUUAGUUUUUACGCCAGCCACCAGGCAUGUGCCGGAAAUUUUUCGAAUUUUCCGGUUUUCUCAUAGAAAAUUCCAUUUUCCGAUUCAAAAAAUGAGUUUUACAACCAUUUUUAAAAUUGAAAUUUGAAGACUUUAAAAAAAUUUCCGGAAAUUUUCUGCUUUUCCGUUGAUAUCUAAUUCCGAAAGGUUCUUUGAUCACAGAAAUCUAAAAAACCGGAGCUUUUCCACAUUUUACUUAUCUUCAAAACCAAAUUUUCCAGAGCCAGCAAGUUUUCGGAACUCCUCAAAUUCAAAGCAACAAAUUGUCAAAUGGUGAAAUAAGUGUUGAAUCGUUGGUUGAGAUAACUGAACAUCCAGUUGAUAGUCUCACUUCAUUUUCAAAGUAA